AUGUCGCUGGUAGUCAGCCUUCUUUUGGGCCUCGCUGGCCUCUACAUCAUCCGAUGGAGUCUGGGAAAGCGGAAGCUAAGCAGGCUCCCACCAGGCCCUCCUUCAAAGCCCAUUAUCGGCAACCUGCUGGACUUACCGUCACCGGGCACGCCAGACUGGUUGCACUGGCUCAAGCAUAAGGCGCUUUAUGGGCCAAUUAGCUCGGUAACGAUUUUCGGACAAACACUCGUCAUCAUGAACGACCGUCAGGUAGUGAUGGAUCUGAUGGAGAAGCGCUCGGGAUUGCACUCCUCCAGGCCUCACCUGCCCAUCGCAGAAAUAACGGAUUGGGAGGACACACUGGGGUUGGUGCCGUACAACAGUCGGCUCCGCGCCUAUCGGAAAGCCCUGCACCAAGAGAUGGGCACUGUCACUCUGAUUUCGAAAUAUCACAAUAUCAUCGAUAUGGAAACACAUCGUCUAGUGUUCCGUAUACUUGCCAACCCGGAUGACCUCAUUCAGCACAUCAGGAAAGAGGCUGGUUCGAUUAUCUUGAGAGUCGGAUACGGUUAUAUCACUGAGCCACAUGCGCGUGACCCUCUGGUUGACUUGGUCGAUAAGGCGAUGGAGGACUUUUCGCAACUUGUCCUUCCUGGGGCUUGGCUGGUCAACUUCAUUCCCAUGUUAAAAUACCUACCCGGCUGGUUUCCCGGUAGCGGCUGGCAAGAGACGGCCAAGGCAUACAAGAAAAGGGUGACCGCAAUGAAGGACGUGCCCUACGAGUUUGUUCGACAACAGCUUAAACAGCAGAAGUAUGUCCCGUCGUACGUAUCGCGUCUUCUGGAGCAUGGCCGUGUAGAGCCAGGCUCGGAGGAGGAAAUCGUGGCGAAGUGGUCUGCGCAGUCGCUCUACGGUGGAGGAGCUGACACAACUGUCUCAUCAUUAGCAUGUUUUUUCCAGGCUAUGGUGCUGAACCCGGAUGUGCAGAAGAGGGCCCAGGAGGAAAUUGACCGUGUGGUCGGAACAAGCCGUCUACCGGACAUGCCUGACCGUGAGGGUCUGCCAUAUAUCGAUGCUGUGGUGAAGGAGGUCCUCCGAUGGCAUCCGGUGACCCCACUGGGGGUCUCUCAUGCGUCAAGCGAGGACGAUACAUACAAAGGAUACCUCAUUCCUAAGGGCGCGAUCCUGGUCCCAAAUAUCUGGGCCAUGGCUCAUGAUCCAGACCUCUACCACGACCCAAUGGAGUUCAAGCCAGAGCGUUUCCUGAGCGUCAAUGGAAAAACACCAGAAUAUGACCCGCAUUUACUGUCAUUCGGAUUCGGGCGCCGGAUUUGCCCCGGACAGCACCUAGCUGAUGCCAAUCUUUACCUUGCCAUCGCGCGGUCCUUGGCCGUCUUCAACAUUACCAAUGCGGUUCGAGACGGAAAAGAAGUCCCCGUCACUCCUGAGUUUUCGACAGGGGUUAUCAGUCACCCGGCUCCAUUUGAGUUGAGCAUUCGCGUCCGUAGCCCCGAACACGAGAGUCUUAUUCGGGCAGUUGAGAAGAGCUACCCAUGGGAAAAGAGCCACGCGGAGGAACUUGCCUUGCCGAAAAUCUGAUUUGCCAGUCAACUAUCGCCAAGAUGUUUAGGAGUGUGGGGGAGGAGCCGAGUGCCCUUUGAAGGGAUUGUUUGAUUGAAAUAGCCAAAUUCCUCCCAAGUAUGCGGCCUAACCAAGGGCAGUAAGACUGGUAUCAUUCACGAGGGAAUUUCGAUUGGACUUUUACUCACAUACCCACUUUUAGGAGAGAUGCCUCAAUAGGAGAGAUAAUUCAAUGAUGUCAUGCUCUCUUGUAUAAGUUCCCCAUCGUAUCAUCACGGCGUCUUACUGGCUGCAAGCGGACAAACGUGAGGAGAAAGCCGUCUUGGCUUGUCUGGAACGUGCCGAAGUCUGUCGGCAACCCUGGGAUGUAGAGAUCGGGGAAACUUGCAACAUGACAAUCCCAUGCGGAUAUAGGCUUGGCGUACAUUGGCUUUCAAAGGAUUGAACAUAAAGAAUGGGUUAAAGAGGGAAUAAACCCCGCUGGAAAGAAUUGCCUCUCGAAGGGGCUGAGUGGGGCUGCCUAGGAUUUAAGGUUGACCCCAGACGCCUAUCAAUGCGGAGAAAAAGGUCAACCUGGGGUAUCGACUGCGCCUUGGACUUGGUUGGAAAGUCAGUUAGGGCCUGGGCGCCACCAGGAGAGUAACUUACUCCGCGUGGCUAAACGAUCUUCCCCCGGUUCUGUCGGUUAUCCAUUCCAUCGGUUAUUGAACCUUCAGUGCCACAAUCUGGAGAGCCAUUCUU